GCCACGUGGAAAACACGUGGUCCGUGUUGUCAAUUGGUGUGAUAUUCUAGUUUAUUUUUAUGUUAACGUUAAUUGUUAAUUAAUGAUGUGGGAAAGUAUAUCACCUCCGUCAAACGAAAUUGAAGAGACUGGAUUUUGGGAAGCCUUACGAGUGUGGAUAGAAAGACCCCAUAUUGUUAAUCGACGCUUAAUGGGUGUCGAUAUAUGUAAUACUUGGACUGUGGAAGUAGAUAGUAAAGAGAGAAGUGACGAAUGCGUUUCGGAUUCGGUGUAUGAAUCGUUAAGACAGGAAUGCUUGACGCCAGAUUUGAAUGUUCGUGUAAUUUUACAGAAGCGUUAUGUUUUAAGUUCUUGUCAAGUCGAUAUUUGGGAAGAAAAUGGAAAUAACUCGGGUUUGUUUAUUCAAACGAGACAACUCUUACCGAAACAACCCAGUAAAUUUCAAAUUCAACAAGAAAUUGUAAUUUUAGAUAGGAAAGAGAGAAAAGUUAUAUUUCUGUCACCAUGUUGCCUUGAGAAUAAUUGUUCUUUGACACCUGAAUUUGAUUACAGAAUAAUAUUAACAGACUGUAACAGAAUUCAAUUGGAGAAAAGAUCAGAGCACAGCGAAGUUUCCAAUAAUCACAGUGUACAAUGGCUUCAAACAUGUGUUUUACGUAAAAUUUGUAAUUGGGCAAAACAACGUAAUAAGACCAAACCUAUACCAUCUCUCAGCAUUAUACCUAUUAGUAGAUAUUAUUCCAUAUAUACUAGGCUAAAAGAAAAAUAUUGGAAAAAGUUGAUUCAAAUCUGGCCAGAGAAUACAGAUCCAAUAAAAUAUAUAUAUGAAGACAUUGCAAUUGCUUCAUAUUUACUUACACUAUUUGAACUGGAAAAAGAAACUAAAAAUAUUUCUCAAAAACAAACAUUUGUUGAUCUUGGAUGUGGAAAUGGAUUACUUGUUUACCUAUUAAUAUCAGAAGGGCAUUCAGGAAUUGGAAUAGAUAUAAGAAAGCGCAGUAUAUGGGAUCUUUACGAGCCUAAAGUACCACUUAUAGAGAAAAGUAUUACACCCUCUGACAAAAUGUUAUUUCCUGAAUAUGAUUGGAUAAUCGGAAAUCAUUCCGAUGAAUUAACACCGUGGAUUCCUGUUAUUGCAGCUAGGUCCUCCUAUCGUAUGAGAAUAUUUCUUUUACCAUGUUGUCCGUACAGUUUUGAAGGAAAAUAUCACAGAACACAUGCUGGUUGUAGUCAGUAUCAGUCUUAUCUCUAUUUUAUACAAGAAGUAUGUGAGAAAAUGGGUUUCGAAGUAAAGGAAGAUAAAUUAAGAAUUCCAUCUACAAAAAGAUUAUGUUUUGUUUGCCUGUCUCGUACCUAUUCAUCAUCAAAAGAAAGUGAAAUUGAUUUUCAAAGAACUGCAUACAUAAAUAAAUUUCUCAAACAAAAUGCAAAUAAUUCUGGGAAAGUUAAAGAAGUUUCUAAAUUAUGUGAUAAAAAUCUUCCGACCGACGAGAUUCAACAUAACUGGAUUUCUGGGUUUCGGCCUCGCAACAGGAAUCAAGAAGUAUGUAACUGCAGUACUCUGGAUCAAAAUUAUAUAGAUGAUGUAGUUAAACAAUUAGCAAGUUUACUGUUAAAUUUACAAUGUUGUUUUAUUACUGUUUCAACUAACGACAAUCAAAUUCAUUGGAAUAGAGGAGGGGAGAUGACAAUUAAAGAUUUAGCUUCCUCGUUAGACCCAGAAUUAUUAAAAAAAUUAAAAAGUCAAUAUGGUGGCCUUCAAACUUUAUUAAAAAAUCAUAGACAUAUUUUUUCAGUGAUUAAAGAUAAAGUGUCCAUGACAGUUCCGACUAAGAAAACAAGUGCCAAUUACUUGUCAAAAUCUAAAAAAAAGAAAGGAAAAGAACCAAAAUUUAAAACCAAACUGUGUUGGUUCCAUUUCAAUCAUCCUCAGGGAUGCCCACUAUUGGAUGAAGACUGCACUUUUCUUCAUCAAGAAGAAAUCUCUUGUCCUAUAUAAAAGAAAUGUGUAUAAUAUAAAGUGAUAUUUUUUUGAAAAGCCC